AUGAUUUGCGAUUUGCAGACACGUUUUGGAAUAGUAGUAAACAGGGCAUGGUCAAGCAUAUCUUAAUGAUGAUGUCCAGCUGGGCCAUAGUGUGUGACGUGUGGUACUUGCCACCGGUCAAGAAGAGAGAAGAUGAAAAUGCCAUACAGUUUGCCAAUAGAGUGAAGCAGUUGAUAGCCCAAGCAGGUGGCCUAGUAGACUUAGAAUGGGAUGGUCAGCUAAAGCGCACAAAACCAAAGCCAGACAUGAUCCAAAAACAGCAGCAGCAUUACAGCAAACUGCUGAAACAUGACUAGCUGUUUCUAUUCAUUGUACAGUGAUAACAUUUACUGCCAUCAAAGACAGUUGGUAUCUAACUGCUCUAAGCUUUAAAAUAUUUUUUUAUCAUGAAGGAUUGGAAAAAGGUACAGAAAUCGGAUGAUAAAGCCACUGAGAAUCGGCUCACAAAAAAAAAGUACUCACAGACCAAAAGAUUGUAAACUACUUUGUGAUAAGCCAAGGAUAUGCACACUUGUUACCUAGCUUAGUGCGGAAAGGUUUACAAAUAACCAGGGGAUAAUGGCAGAAUUGGUUAAAAAAUAAUAAUAACAAGGAAAGCGUUUCUAAAAAGAAUAAACACAAUUUUAUCUGUACAGCAUGUUUUGACCCUUUUGACAAAGAAAAGCAUGGCAGACAAAGUAUGUACAUUGGGGUCUUGUUUUCUUUGGGAUCAUUUUGACUCUUUGCAUACUUAGCUAUGCCAUCACUUUAAUCAUACUGCUAUGAAUUGAAUUCUGUCCUUUUUCCAUAAGCUUUCUACUGUAGAUGUCUAACAUUUUCACAAACUGUGUUCAGUAAUAUGAUAUUGAAGUUUUGUUACUCAAAACAUUAGUUUGAAUACCAUAGUUACAAGUAUAUUGUUUAAGUAAUGGUUAAACUUUACCUUAAGAUAGUUUGAAAUGUUCGGCUGUUACAUACUCUGUCAUAGUAAAUAUGACAUAAUGGCAAUAUUAGUCUACAAAGGUACUUGAAUCCAAUAACUCUAAAUAUUAUGGUACUGUUACUUCUUUCAGUAAAUAAAAAUGGAUGUGUUGUGAACUUUGCAAAAAUCUCCUUAAGUGCUCAUUAUUUAGGUUAAAUACAAUUAUCUUAAAAUGUUAGUGUAAUGCACAAUUCCCAAUUAUACACAUGCACCGUCGAAUUUAGUAAUUUAGUCAAGUUAAGUAAUUUUGCCUAAUGUGCCGUAACAUGUUAAUGUGGUUUGAAAUGUGUGCUUCUGUUUUAUUGUUAUUUAAAUUUUGGUGAGAUAUUUAAUUUUGUUUUUCAAUACAAUAGAUAUAAAUCUUUGUUGGUAUGGGAUGUAAGAUGUAAAAUAUUGGUGGUGGACGAACCAAGCAAUAAAUGCAUUCUCAAAUUGAC